UCCCCCAUCGGGCACGCGCCUCCUCGGGCACCAGCAGAACAUAAAGUGAGCUGCGCGCACACGAGGCACAUCAGUGAACCAGUAACCGGCGGUAGUGAAAGAAGCUCCGGUGAGUUCAGUUCAGAGUGCCUGGUCCUCCUCCUGCUCCCGCUCCUCCUCCUGCUCCUGCUCCUUGUCUUGGCCCUGGUCCUGGUCCCGAUCCUGGUCCUGGUCCCUGUGAGGUGUUAACAUGAGCUUUGGGAACUCUGCUGCGCACCUGGAAGCUUUUCUCCAGAAGCGCAGCAGCAGGUGAUGCGCGCUGCAGGACUCCGGUCGGGUUCGUUACCGGAGAGGAUGGAAAGUGAGCUGUGGAACCAAAACACCACCACGUCCACCUCCUCCUGGAACCGGUCCUCCUCUGACCGGUUCUUCAGCAGCCUGGAUGACAUCGACGUGCCGGCAGACGGCUCCCCGGCGCUGCGGAUCCUCAUCUCCAUCGUGUACUCGGUGGUGUGCGCCGCCGGGCUGCUCGGCAACCUGCUGGUCUUCUACCUGAUGAAGGCGCGCUGCUGCGGCGGCGGACGGAGGAAGAAGAACCGCUCCUCCUCCUCCUCCAGCAGCAUCAACCUGUUCAUCCUCCACCUGGCCGUCACCGACUUCCAGUUCGUGCUGACGCUGCCCUUCUGGGCGGUGGACACGGCUCUGGACUUCAGCUGGCCCUUUGGAAACGCCAUGUGUAAGAUCACCCUCUCGGUCACGGUGAUGAACAUGUACGCCAGCGUGUUCUUCCUCACCGCCAUGAGCGUCACCCGCUACUGGUCGGUGGCCUCGGCGCUGAAGGACCGGACCCGGCGGAGGGUGUGCUGCCCGGUGCGCUGGGUCAUCGCCGGGCUCUGGGUCUCCGCCACGGUGGCCUCUUUACCCACGGCUAUCUUCUCCACGGUAAAGAUUGUGGCCGGAGAGAGGCUGUGUCUGCUGGGCUUCCCGGACCCGGACGGCCAGUCGUGGCUGGCUCUCUACCACCUCCAGAAGAUCCUGGUGGCCUUCGUGGUACCCAUGGUGACCGUCACCGUGUGUUACCUGCUGCUGCUGCGCUUCGUCCGGCUGCGGAGCAUGAACAACAACACCGAGGUGAAGCAGCAGCAGCAGCAGCAGAGGAAGAGGAGGAGGUCCAGGGUGACCCGCUCCGUCACCAUCGUGGUGCUCUCCUUCUUCGUCUGCUGGAUGCCCAACCACGCCAUCACCUUCUGGGGCGUCCUGGUGAAGUUCAACCUGGUCAACUGGGACAAGACGUACUACAUGGUGCACACGUACGUGCACCCGGUGACCGUGUGUCUGGCGCACACCAACAGCUGCCUGAACCCGGUGCUCUACUGCCUCAUGAGACGCGAGUUCCGCAAGAAGAUGAAGGAUCUGUUCUGGAGGAUUUCCUCCUCCUCGCCCACCACCGGGAUUACCAGCUGUCACGGUCUAAGGCCGUUCUCCGGGACCGUGAGAGCAGAGGAGAUGGAGCUGGAGGACCCGGACCAGGACAACGACACGCAGGUUGUCACCCCGCUGAACAACGUGGAGACGGACACCUGCAGACUCUCUGUUUUAACGGACCAGUGCGACACGGACGCGCUGCAGAAGUAAAACCAGACUUUAAAACAGAGAGUCUGCAUCCCCAAACCUCCAAAACAACAUCCCAGUUGGACUGAAACGCAGCCUUUACGCAUAGGUGCGCAAUUUACGCACCUUUAACAGUAUUUAUAUAGCACUUAAACCUUCUUUAUAAUGUAAGAAAAUCUCGUGUUGCUGGAGUUGUUACCUCUUUAAACGAAACACUACAGGUUCGUGAUUUGGGCUUCUGUUCCGAUUGUGCCAAAUCCAAUAAUAAACCACUAAAGGACCGGACACCGCUAUACGUGGCGUAUUAGAUGCUUUUUUGACUUUGCAUCAAAGGGAUUGUAUAUAUUUUAAUCACAAUCUAAAGGUGACAAACAUCAAAGGAGAGAAAUAACAAUCGUGCGUAAAUUGCGCACCUGUGCGUAAAGGCAUCCAGCUGCGUUUCAGUCCGACUGGGAUGUUGUUUUGGGGGUUUUAGGAUGCAGACUCUCUGUUUUAACGAACCAGUGCGACACUGGCGCGCUGCAGAAGUAAAACCACACUUUAAAGGUCCCAUAUCGUGCUCAUUUUCAGGUUCAUACUUGUAUUUUGUGUUUCUACUAGAAGAUGUUUACGUGCUGUAAUGUUAAAAAAAA